AUGAGGCCCCGCGACGGCGCGCCUCCCUCGGCAGUUGGAGACGGCACGGCUCCUGUCUCAUUCCAUGCUGGGGCGCAUGCCCCGUCGCUGUCUGCGGCCUUUCCCUCGUCAGAUUCGUCUCCGUUCCCUCCGUUUUCUCCUUCGUUCGCCUCUGUCCCCCCCUCUGUCUCUCCGCCGGGGCUGCAUGCGCGGGGACCUGCGGCCCAACGCCCCCAAGCCCCCGCGGGCGAGCCGGCGCCGCGCAGCGGCGAGGGGGCCUUUGUAGGCGAGAAAUUAAGUCGACUGCAUGCGCUUCGCGCGCGGCUCCAAAAGUCCGCUUCUGCGCCUGCCCCGGCUCCUGUCUCUGCGCACGAACGAGUCAGCGCCUUCGCGCAGCCCUCGGCAGCGUCCAGUGCGUCUCUCGCUUUCGCCCCUUCGGAUGCCGCUGGAGGCGCUCCUCUUCCUCUCUCCAGCCUCGGGAGCAGCGAGGACUUUUCCCACUCCGUUGCCGAAGCAGGCGCCUCUUCUGCGCAGGCCGCCGCGCGUGUGUCUCCUCCUCGCGACGUCUUCGUGGCCCAGACGGCGGUCGGAGGGAGGGUCUGGUCGCCAGCCUCGGCGCAGGCUUCUGCCUCGCUCGCCUCUGCGGGCUUCCUGGAGCCUCAAGGGACUGCCGGUGGUGCGCCUUUGCAGCCUCAGCGCGACGGUCGCCUCAAACCCCCGCCGUCUCUCACCCAAAGCAAGCGGAAAGACCCGAGCUUCCCGGGACACAGAGAAGAUCAGCCAAAGGCGGCAGGCGUCGCCGCGAAGGCGGCUCCGGUCGUGCCUCCCCCCGCAGUCGGCGCCAGGGCCCCUCGGCCAGGAGGCGGAGACAAGAUAAGAGUUUUGGACACGGCGAACAAAAAGGCUGUGACUGCUGGUCUUCUCCCGGCCCCGCCUCCGUCUCAAGAAGGCGUUUCUUCGACCUCCGUUGUCUCCCCACAGUCGCCGGUUCUCUCUGCGGCUUCGCUCUCACCUCCGCUUGCUUCGUCUGCUUCGCCGGCAACUGCCGCGGUUUUGCCUCUUCCUGGCGGCAGACUGGUUGGAGACCUUCGCCACCUUCCCGCGACGCAGCCGAAGGCGAGCGCCCCACAGGCGAGACUCGGAGCUUCAGGUUUAGAGAUAAAGCCCCGAGAAGGCGACGGCGUGCGGGGGGACGGGCUCGGCGCGGGGCUCCUCGGGAAGGCCGCGGGUGCCUCUGUCGCUGAGCGCGGCUUCGGCGUGGCGAAGAAAGUUGCGGGCUCUUUUCCUUCGACGCAUGCAGGGAAGGCGCAUGCAGCCGCGAAAGCCGGGGCUGCGGGGGGCCUGCUCUCUCGACAGUCGUCGGGGUCAGAGUCCGCUGCGGUCCUGUCCCCGCCCCUGUCGCAUGCGUCUGCGGCAGCUGCCCCAGGCCUGCAAGAGAGGAGCGAGGGCGGCAAGGGCGGGAAGGACUUUGAUGCUCCGACGCCGUUUGAAGAGUUGAUGAGGCGGAAGCGCGAAGCGCAGAUGGCCGAGAGGCAACAGGCCGUCGCGUCGCUCGCGCCUUCGCGGAGUGCCUCGCUAGGCAGCAGCGUCGGUGCGACGGCAGGGGGGGAGGCUGCGAGGAAACUGAGCGCCGCGCUGCCCGCGAAUUCCCUCGCUGCCACGCUGGCUUCAGAGGCCGGAGGAGGCGCAGGCGCGCGCGCGGGGCGCCAGCAGCCAGGGUCUGUGGCAGGGAGCGUGCAGGCGCCGGAUCGCAGAGGCGACUCGUCUGGGAAGUUCUCUCCAAAGGUGCCGCCGCGUCUCGGUUCGAAGCCGCGUCUGGGGUCGCCUCUCGCAGGCCCUGGGUCAGGCUCUCCAACCCAGACGCUGCCGCCUUCCGCGGCUGUUGCGUCCGCCCAGGGCGAGAAGCAGGCCGGCGCCCCGAGUGGCGUUGAGGGCCAGGAGGCGCAUGCAGGCGAAGGUGAUAAGCGCGUUUUCGCGGCGAACAUGAGCUCAGGGCCUGUGGAGGGCGAGAAGGGGGCGACAGGCGUGUCGUCGCGCCCGAUCGGUGCAAUUCGAGAACAAGGCGUGCGCGGGCCAGAGACACCGAUGCUGCCGUCUGCUUCGACGCCGCAGGUCCCCAAAGGCGAAGAGGAACGCGCCCCACGGCCGGUGCUUGGCCUCACAAGCGGAGACGGGACGGCGACCAAGACGGACGCGAAGGAAACCUCUCUCGCCCUCGCCGCAGGUUCACAGGGAGUUGUCUCUGGCUGCGGCCUCCCCACUGCAGGCCGGUCAGCGGCGACAAACGCACCAGCGCAGCAUGCCCCGCCCCCAACCGGGCCAGUCUCCGCCGCGGCUGUGCUGAGAGGGCCACAGGGCGCAGGGGGACAGAUGUUGGCGUCGCGGCCAGUCGCGCGUGACUCGGGGCGGGGCGAGGUGAAGGCGAAGGCGUCGCAAGGCGGCGCUGCGAUGAACAGAGAGGGAGCGGGUCUGUCAGUGAGACCAGUCAAUCCUGUUCAAGGCUCGUCUUCUUCGGCGAGAGCGGAGGCGGCGCUCCCGACCCCCUCUCUCCGCUCAGUCCCGACAAAAGGUGGCGUUGCGCAGCCCAGUGCAGCCGGAGGCGCAGCCGCGGCGACGGGGCAAAGCGGCGGUGUCGAGGGCCUGAGGAAGAGUUCGCACUCUGCUGCCGCGCCAGCGGUUGGGAAGGCCUCUUCUCCCGGUCUGUCUCAGGCUGCCUCUGUGUUCCCUAGUGGCCAAACGCAUGGCGGCGUCGUGGGAAAGUCCAGUGUGCCUUCUCUCCCACAAGCCAAGAUGCCGGAGGCGAAGGCGUCUCCAGUCGCCGUGAAUGCUUCUGCGCCUUCUCUCGGUCUCGGCGCCGCAGCGCCGUCUGUGGGCGUCGCCGCGAAGCACCCCGCGAGGCCUCAACCCGCCCAGUCGGCUCUCGCAGCUUCGCUCUCUUCUGGACUCCUACCUGGUCAGAAGGCGGGAGGCGCGGCCGUUGGUGGGGAAACCAGACCGAAAGCGGCAGCGGAUGCGGGCGGAAGCAAAGCAGCUGCGCCGGUUCAGGCGAAGGCUGCGCGGGCUCCGGCGACGCUCGUCACGAAGGGGAGGCGCGUCCCUCAAGCAGACGCACGCCAGGGUGGCGCCUCGCAGGUUCCAGGGUCAGCUGGGGCUCCCGCGGGUUCCCUUGUCUCUGCAAAAACCCAAGGAAACGUCCAGACGAAGGCAGUUGCCCCGAAGGCAGGGGCUGGCCCGCCUGCUCAGCCGGCCGGCGCAGCGCAGGCGGCUCUUGGCGCCGGCAGUGAACAAGGCCAGAGUGCGGGGAGAGCACAGGGGAUAGCGCCUGUGUCCUGUGCUUUGAAACAUCAAGAACUCAACGACUACUGCCACCAGCUGGCGACGGACCUCGUCUACCGCAGUCUGGCGUCGGACGCGUGGCCGGCUUCUGUGGGUCUCAGUUCUUCGCCUUCUCUCGCUGCCAGUGUAGCUGAGACUCUGGACAUGAUGAGCGCACACAGCGACCGUGACAUGCGCGACAGGCUGCUCGACAUCGAUCGCGCUUCUUCGCCGUGCGGAGGCGCGGCGACUGCCUCGAGUGGAUCAAACGCGCCGGUUGCGCGUUCAGCGAUUGAGGAGAUUCUGGGCCCGUUCCUGGCCUGUGCGCUCGAGUGCGGAUCCGCCGACGCCGCUGCGGCUCCAAAAGACGCAGUCGUCCCCUUCGCUUCAAUGGCCUAUGAGGAACUCAAGGAGGGGGGUGUCGCCGCUGCUCUGGGCCAGUCGCUGGCGGACGUUCUGUUGCAUGCAGAAAACGUGGAUCUCGCAGACGCGGGUCAGCUUCCGCAGGCUGUCUCGCGUCUCGUCGCGUGGACGGAAGUGAUGGAGAAACGCCUGUCGAGCUGGGGAAACGAAUUCCUCAAAACCACAGGAAAAAAGCCCUUCACCAAAGGCACGACCUCUCUUUCUGCUCUCAGUCCUCUCCAGAAUCCUCCCCUUUCGGGUUCGUCCAGUGCUUCAUCCACUGCGAGGCCCGAGAGUGUCAGAGGAGCGAUUCGAGGAACGGCCGACAGUCUACAGAGGCAGGGCGGAACGCCUGGCCAGGCAGCCAAGAGAUUGAGAGCCGCCACCGGGUCUGUCUCAAUCCAGGGACAGUGA